CAGUACUUUAAUGUAAUAUCUUUAAAAAUAAAAUCAAAGCAAAAAGAAAACACCCGUGUUGAACACAGCGGUCAGAAUUAUGCCUCCUUUCCAACACCGCCCCACCUCCACCCCAUCCUCCAGAAGUUUUCUCCAAGCAGCACCUGUACCCCAGCCUCCAAUAAAAACCUCGGGAAUUUCCUGAUCAAGCCUCAGAUCCUCACCACCACCAGGGGAUCUUUUGUUGUUCACCCCAAGUUCAGUCUGCAUCCCCUGAAAUCCUAGGGACGCGCGACCAGUCUCCCCCAUCUCCAUUCCGGGAGUUUGCCCAAAGCCAGUCCCGCUGUCCCCCGAAAAUAGCCUUGGGGUUCCCUGUCUGGUACACCCUCCUACUCUAGGGGACAAAGGGCCGGUGUCGCCUCCAAGCUGGGAGUUCCCGCAAAGCAUCGUCUCUCCCUGAGCCGCGCCUGUCCCGACCUGGCACCUGCUCAGGGAAGGGCGCAUCAGGGCGGAGACUUGGGUAGUGAGCUCAGUUCACCUGCACCUGAAGGUCAGCGCACACUGGCCACCCGCAGAGCGCUGGGACCACAUUUUCCAGAAUCCUUCGGCCGUCCCGCGAUGCUCUCGAGGUCAGCAGAUCUCAUUGGCUUACAGAGGAUAAACUUGUCACCGUCACUUGGGCAUCUUAACAGUGGGCUCCUAAACUGGGUUGUGUGCGCUGUGCAGAUGUCAGAGGCACCCUGUGUGGUGGGCAAAGCCAACGACUUCUCAGCCUCUCUAGCUUCGAAACUACAAUCCCCAGAGGCCUCUGCGGUCACUUCCGCUCCCCUCCCUAUCCUCCUUCAGUGUGUAGCGUUGACGUCAGAAGCACGUCCGGUCGGUGGGCCCGGCGCGUUAGAUCUGUCUUCUGAGACUUUGCCCUUCUCCAGGAAGAGCACGCAGGAGACCAGGAAAAAUGGCCACAGGGCUCCUGAGAGCCGAAAAAGAGAAAUUCCAUCUUCCAAACCAAAACUCAUUGCUCAGCUGGAGCGAGGGGAAGAGCCCUGGAGAGAGGAGAGAAGAUGUUCGCUGGACCUCUGUCCAGCAGAAUCAAAGCCAGAAAUUCGACUUUGCCCCUCCUGCCCUCUGAUAUUCUCCAGUCAGCAAGCUCUUAGCCAACAUGUGUGGCUGAGUCAUCUCUCUCAGCUGUUUUCAAGUUUAUGGGCAGGAAAUCCUCUCCAGCUGGGUAAACACUAUCUGGAAGAUCAGAAACAACAGCAGGAUCCAUUCUGCUUGAGUGGCAAAACAGAAUGGAUUCAAGAGGGAGAAGACUCCAGACUCCUGUUUAGGAGAGUAAGCAAAAGUGGCACUUCAAAGGCACUUUCCAGCCCACGUGAAGAACAGCCAGCACGGUCCGAGGAAGACAACACAGUGGUGGAUAUAGGACCCAGCCCUGAAAGGAAGGCAGACCUUGAGGAAACAGACAAAGUAUUGCAUGGUUUAGAAAUCUCAGGAUUUGGAGAAAUCAAAUAUGAAGAGUUUGGGCCAGGCUUUAUCAAGGAGUCAAACCUCCUUAGCCUCCAGAAGACACAAACUGGGGAGACAGCUUACAUGUACACUGAGUGGGGAGACAGCUUUGGCAGUAUGUCAAUCCUCAUCAAAAACCCAAGGACGCACUCUGGGGGAAAGCCUUAUGUGUGCAGGGAAUGUGGGCGAGGCUUUACCUGGAAGUCAAACCUGAUCACACAUCAGAGGACACACUCAGGGGAGAAACCUUAUGUGUGCAAGGAUUGUGGACGAGGCUUUACUUGGAAGUCGAACCUCUUUACACAUCAGCGGACACACUCAGGGCUCAAGCCUUAUGUGUGCAAGGAAUGUGGGCAGAGCUUUAGCCUGAAGUCAAACCUCAUCACCCACCAGAGGGCACACACUGGGGAAAAGCCUUAUGUUUGCAGGGAAUGUGGGCGUGGCUUUCGCCAGCAUUCACACCUGGUCAGACACAAGAGGACGCAUUCAGGAGAGAAGCCUUACAUGUGCAGGGAGUGUGAGCAAGGCUUUAGCCAGAAGUCACACCUCAUCAGACACUUAAGGACACACACAGGAGAGAAGCCUUAUGUAUGUAUGGAAUGUGGGCGUCACUUUAGCUGGAAAUCAAACCUCAAAACACACCAGAGGACACACUCAGGGGUUAAACCUUAUGCCUGCCUGGAGUGUGGGCAAUGCUUUAGCCUGAAGUCAAACCUUAACAAACACCAGAGGUCACACACAGGGGAGAAGCCGUUUGUAUGUACAGAGUGUGGGCGAGGCUUUACCCGGAAAUCAACCCUCAUCACACACCAGAGGACACACUCAGGGGAGAAGCCAUUUGUAUGCAGGGAGUGUGGACGAGGCUUUAAUGAUAAGUCCACCCUCGUCUCACACCAGAGGACACAUUCAGGGGAAAAGCCUUUUAUGUGCAGAGAGUGUGGCAGAAGGUUUCGGCAGAAGCCUAACCUAUUUAGGCACAAGAGGGCACACUCAGGUGCCUUUGUGUGUAGGGAGUGUGGGCAAGGCUUUUGUGCUAAGUUAACUCUCAUUAAACACCAGAGGGCACACUCAGGGAGGAAGCCUCAUGUGUGCAGGGAGUGUGGGCAAGGCUUUAACCGGCAGUCACACCUCAUUAGACACCAGAGGACACAUUCAGGAGAGAAGCCUUAUAUUUGCAGAAAGUGUGGGCGGGGCUUUAGUCGGAAGUCCAACCUUAUCAGACAUCAGAGGACACACUCAGGAUAGAAACUUUAUGUGUACAGGGAAUGUGGUACAGCCUUACCCAGAGGUCAUACUUCAUCAGACACCAGAGGAUGCACACAGCGCUGUGGCUUUGUCAGCCAUUGCUAGAUACCAAAGUGGAGACAUUGUAUGUGUGAUUGUGCAUGAGACUGUACUGGUAAGACUUGUAUCUCCAUCCACCUGAAGGAGAAUUGCUGGCUCAUUUUCAGGAGCCCUGUCCUUCCUCACUGGGGAUGGUGGGUUGUGGAAGCCUGGUCAGGUAAUGAUAGUGGCUGGAGGCAGUCAAAUGCCCAGGCAGAUAGUGGUGGGUACCUGGUGAAACACAACCUUAAAGCUGAAGACAGUCCUGGCUAAAUCCUCAUACUGAAUUGAGAACCUGUCUUCCCAUUUGAUGUGCUUUCAUCCGAUUGAUCCCAACCCUUCACCUAUUUGGCAUAUACCUGUCCUUUCCUCAUUGGUUUUUACACUGCUGUGCCCACCUUUGAGUGGUGCCUUUGCAUACUUACAAACCAAUAAACAUGUACUCCCCUAUUCUGAGCCUAUAAAAGACCCAGACUCAGCCACAGUGGGAGAGAAAUCACCCUGCUGUGGGAGUUGGGGACCACUCCCUGCAUCCCCUCUCCACUGAGAGCUGUUCUUUCGCUCAAUAAAAUUCUUUUCUACCCAUCCUCAC